AUGGUUCUCGCCUCCAGGAACGCCACCACCGUCAUUCCUGGUCCCCAGGAGCUCACUUCUGUGGUUGAGCCUUUACUCUUUCUCCCAGGACUGUGUCUGGGCACCCCUGAGAGAAGUGUUCGGUGGUGCACCAUAUCAGAAGCAGAGGAAGCAAAAUGCACCAAAUUCCAACAGAAUAUGAGAGAAGUGGGUGGCCCCAAUGUCUUCUGCACAAGGAAAAACUCUCGCCAAGAAUGUAUCCAGGCCAUCAAGGUAAACAGCCUAGAAAUAGACGAGACGGGAAAGCGCCCCUCUGUAUGGUGCCGACGAUUUGCUUUGGUUUUACAGAAAGGAGAAGCCGACGCCCUGAGCCUGGAUGGAGGACUGAUCUAUGUCGCGGGCAAGUGUGGUUUGGUGCCUGUCCUGGCAGAGAACCAAAAAUCACAGAUCCCUAAUAAUGAACGUUGUGAGGAUAGACGAGUGGAAGGGUACCUUGCCGUGGCAGUUGUCAGGAAAUCAGAUGCGGGUAUCACCUGGAAUUCUCUGAGAGGCAGGAAGUCUUGCCACACCGCCGUGGACAGGACUGCCGGCUGGAACAUCCCCAUGGGCCUGCUGUUCAGCCAGACAGGCUCCUGCAAAUUUGGUGAAUUCUUUAGUGAGAGCUGUGCCCCCGGGGCCGACCCGAACUCCAAUCUCUGUGCACUGUGCAUUGGCGACGAAAGGGGUGAGAACAAGUGUGUGCCCAACAGCAGUGAGAGAUACUUUGGCUACACUGGGGCUUUCAGGUGCCUGGCUGAGAAGGCUGGAGACGUCGCCUUUGUGAAAGACUCCACUGUCCUGCAGAACACGAAUGGAGGGAGCUCUGAGGCAUGGGCUAAGGAUUUGAGGCUGGAGGACUUUGAGCUGCUGUGCCUGGACGGCACCCGGAAGCCUGUGAAGGAGGCGGAGAGGUGCCACCUGGCCAGGGCUCCGAACCACGGCGUGGUGUCUCGGGAAGAUAAGGCGAAACACCUGGAGCAGGUGCUGCUCCAAGAGCAGACUCAGUUUGGAACAAACGGAGACAAAUGCCCGAGUGAGUUUUGCCUGUUCCGGUCCAAAACCAAAAACCUCCUGUUCAAUGACAACACCGAGUGCCUGGCCAAACUCCAAGGCAAAACGACGUAUGAAGAAUAUUUGGGAUCGGCAUAUGUCACGGCCGUUGGUAAUCUGAGACAGUGCUCAACCUCCCCGCUUCUGGAAGCCUGCGCCUUCCUGAGGAGGUAAACCCACCCGCAGACUCCGUGGCCUCCCCUCCUGCGGCACC